AUGGCACAGACACCCACAGUCAGGAGUCCGAGCAAGUUUGCUCAUGUGGUGCUCCGCACAAGCAGUGAAAAUCUUCAGAAGAUGGUACAGUUCUACAAGGACUUUCUAGGAGCGCGCGCCAUUUUUGAAAACAAUUUUCUGUCCUUUCUCACUUACGACGACGAACACCAUCGUAUUGCGAUCGCAGGCAUUCCGGGAACUGCACCGAAGAAUGUUAAGUCUUGCGGAUUAGAGCACACAGCCUUCAGUUUCGACACCCUGGAUGACCUCCUCGAGGCAUAUCAACAACGCAAAGCCUUGGGCAUCCUACCCAUCUGGAGCGUGAACCACGGUCCCACCACCAGCAUAUACUACGCCGACCCGGACGGUAAUCAGAUCGAGACGCAGGUGGACAACUUUGACACUGCCCACGCAGCGACAGAAUUUAUGAAGUCCAAGUAUUUCGAAGAAAACCCAAUCGGUACCGACUUCGACCCCGAGGAGAUGCUUGAGAAGUUACGAGACGGACUCAGUCCUGAGGUAUUGAAGAAGAGAGUUGAGAUUGGUCCUCGCUCGAUUCCGCUGCAGUAA